AUGGCUGUGCACCAACGCUCCCCAUCCAACCUGAUGGAGCUUGAGAGGUGCUGCAAAGAGGAGAGGGCAAAACUGCCCAAAGAUAGGUGUGCCAAGCUUGUGGCAUCACACUCAAAAAGACUUGAGGCUGUAAUUGCUGCAAAAGUUGAAGCCAAUGUGAUCUGCACAGAGUCAACAAUGAGAGUAGAGAUUGAGAAAUCUUCAUUUCCUCGGCUCAUGGAGGAUCAUUUGCGCCUCAGUGACCCCUCCAACAUUGUCUGCAGCCUGAAGUCUCACUCCAACAGCACCCAUGUCAUCGGCGUCAUCCCCCUCAACGCCUGUGGCACACAGAUCGAGGAAGAUGACGACUUUCUGAGGUUCAAGAAUGAAAUCACCACGAUUGAUAACCCCAAAGACCUGAUCACCAGGAAGCACCUGCUGGAGGUUCAGUUCUACUGUCAGUACCCCAAACAUGGUAACGUGACACAGACCUUCUGGACACACAGGAGGAGCGUCACAGUGUGGGAGAAAGGCUUCGGCAGGUUCACGUACCAGUUUGAGUUCUAUCCCAAUGCUCAUUACCCCACCAUGAUUGAUCCAAACUCCUACCCUUUGGAGUACGAGUUGGGGAGCCGGAUCUUCAUGCAGAUCGAGACAAAGACUACGGUCAACAACACCCAGCUGUUUGUGGAGUCAUGCAGAGCUGCACCGUAUGACAACCCCAACUCCAAACCAGUCUAUUCCAUCAUCGAGAACGGGUGCACUGUGGAUCCGACUGUUGUUAUUCAUCCCCCUGACCAUGAGAGACAGUUCAGGUUCAGCAUUGAGGCCUUCAAGUUCAUUGGAUUACACGACCAGGUGUACAUUACCUGCUCUGUCAUAAUGUGUGAGUCUGGAAAUUCCAACACCAGGUGCUCACAGGGAUGCAUCAAUGCCACCCAGUCGUCUAAUCUGCACAGGCGUAAGAGAGAGACUGUCACUGAGAGUUCAAUGCACCUCGUUUCCCAGGGUCCUCUGCGCCUGAGGAGGUCAGCAGAGAGCGCAGACAGCCAAGUGAAGAACCUGAACCUGAACCUGAACAUGGUCUUCAUCGCUGGAUGUCUUCUUGCAGCCGUUGGCAUGAUCAGUGGAGUGGUGGUGUACAAAGCUAAAAUAUCAGGCGUCAGAUACCAGCGCCUGCCAACGUCCUAGAGUUAGGAUAGAAAAAUGGAAACAUGUUCAGAAAAACAGUUCUGUUUAACUUACACAGGAAUAUUUACAGAUGGUGGGAUUAGUUUGCUUUGGGAUAUUUAGUGUUUGUGUAUCUUAAUGUGAGAACUUUAAAUGAAGGUGUCACUGAUUGAUUUCUUUAGAAAUGUAUAAGACAAGAUCUGCACAGUAAAUCUGUUUGACAUUAUUUAACACAGAGAGGAUGACUGCCCAGCUCUGCCGGUGUUUGGUUACCGUAUUGUUUUUUUGUCAGACCCAGGGGUUCAGUUUUCUUUUUUUCAAAGAGCCACAAAAUCAAAUCAACUACUGUUUCUCUUUG